UUUCAGUUUCUAUUAUAUUUUUAACAUCAUUCUAAUUUUUCUAUUUCACAAAAUAAUCAUUCUUUUUAUUCAUAAUAUUCUUAUUAGGAAUAACCAGUUACACUCGUAGAUUCUGUAGUAUAAACUUGGAUUCGAACCAAACAUGUAUCUUCGGGUCACUACCAGUUUGGAUUUUGGAUCAACAAAUUACCAAAACUAAUUAUAGAUUACAAGGAACACCUUACACAAUUUUUUUUGAAUUGAGGGAGAGGCAUGGAGAAUAUGCGAUUGUCUAGCAAUGAUGAUCUACAUAAAUAUUUGAGAUUGUAUAAUUUAUUUUUGAGAAACAGGAAAUGCCAGAUAUAUAGAUGAAUCUAUGGUUAACUGGAAGAUGAAAGGGGAAAAGACCGAAUGAAUACAGCAUUAAAUUUCUAUAUGUUGUAAAAUAUUUGAAAAAAAAUCAUGAUCUGAAAGAAGUUUUUAUAAAACCGUUUUUAAAGAAAAAUUAAAAUUCAUUCCAAAAUAUGAAAAAACUAAAAAUAUAUGUUUUCAUUCUUCAAAAAUAUGUCAACAAUUCCAGUAGCAAAAAUUUAUAUAGUCAAAUUUCUUUAUGAACUUGAUCUUUACUACUCCGCGAUUAAUACAUGUACAUUUUCUUGAGUGUGUAUAUAUAGCGUCGCUUUUCAAUAGUUUUUGACAAAAGGAUUUAUUUGUGCAAACUAAGAAGGGUCUUGAACUCUUGACGAGUGUAUACAUGCAUUAGUACUUAUUAUCAACCAAUCAGAAGAGAACACGAAUAUAUAUUAGUUAGUGGCUAUUAAAUAAAGUCAUUGUAUAUUUUAAUAAGAAAAAUAUGGAGUGACUCAUUACCUAUAGUACAGAAAAUAUCUCAGGAUUUGCUUUUGGCUCCACCAUGUCAAACUAUCUAGAUGCCAACACAAAGCGCAAAUUAAACAAUAAUUAACCUAACAAUAAAGAAAAGGGAAUUGUUUUUUAGCCAUACAAAAGAGGAAGGAAUCCAUCAUCAAAGUUUAUAAAAUUGGAAUAUAUAGUAGAAAACCCUUUUGCCUCCUUGCCUCUCAUUGCUUUCUCUCUUCUCCAUAUAUACUUCAUCUUCACACCCCCAAAACUCCACAGUCAAAAUCUCUCUCUGCAUAAUUCUCCAAAGUUUAAACAUUUCAGUAUCCAUUUCUCUCUAAUCCAAAUCACAUUUUCCUCUAUUGCAAAUUCAAAUUCAGUGAUAUUAAGCGAAGUUAAAACCACAAAAUUUAUUUAAAUUGAAACCACAUGGAUCCUUCAUAUAGAUUCAUUAAAGAGGAGUUUCCUAGAGGAUUCAAUGAUUCUCCAUCACCACCAUCUUCUUAUCUCUACACAACUUCCAUGGCCCCAAAUGAUCCAACAACAACACUGAGCUCUCCACAACCAAUAGAAGGUCUCCACGAAUCAGGCCCACCUCCAUUUCUUACAAAGACAUAUGAUUUGGUAGAAGAUUCAAGAACCAAUCAUGUCGUCUCUUGGAGCCAAGCCAAUAACAGCUUCAUCGUCUGGGAUCCAGAAUCUUUUUCCAUGACUCUCCUUCCCAUCUUCUUCAAGCAUAAUAACUUCUCUAGCUUUGUUCGCCAGCUCAACACAUAUGGUUUCAGAAAGGUGAAUCCGGAUCGAUGGGAGUUUGCAAAUGAAGGGUUUCUUAGAGGGCAAAAGCAUCUCCUCAAGACAAUAAGGAGAAGAAAGACGAGUAACAAUAAUCAAAUGCAACCCCCUCAAUCUUCCUCUCAACUACAAUCUCUAGACAAUUGUUGCAUAGAAGUUGGUAAGUAUGGUCUAGAUGGAGAGAUGGAUAGCCUAAGGCGAGACAAACAAGUUCUGAUGAUGGAGCUGGUAAAGGUGAGACAGCAACAACAAAGCACCAAAAUGGAUCUCACACUAUUAGAAGAUAAGCUCAAGAAGACUGAAUCAAAACAAAAACAAAUGAUGAGCUUCCUAGCCCGCGCAAUGCAGAAUCCAGAUUUCCUCCAGCAACUCAUUGAGCAGAAAGAGAAGAGAAAGAAUACAGAAGAAGCAAUUGACAAGAAGAGACAAAGACCGAUCGAUCAAGGGAAAAGACAUGUGGUUUGUGUGGAAGAUUAUGAUGAUGGUGGUGGUGGUUAUGGAAGGUAUGGAAAGGAUGCUGGAUCCUCCUCGGCGUUUUUUGACAUGAAACAAGAAACAUAUGGAGACAUGUCAGAGUUAGACAGACUUGCUAUGCACAUUCAGGGACUUGGAGAUCAGUGCAAUAAGGAAGAUGUGGUAUUGGAUGUUGGAAAAGGAAAUGAAGAAGAACAGCAUAAAGAAAGGUACCAGGAUGAGAACAACGAGAUUUAUGGUGAAGGUUUUUGGGAAGAUUUGUUAAAUGAAGGUCAAAAUUUUGAUCUUCAAGGAGAUGAUGAAGAAAAUGUUGAUGUGCUAAUUGAGCAGCUUGGUUAUUUGGGUUCUAGUCGACACUAAUUAAAAAAAAAAAGCACUUAGGCAUUUAAAUCAACCUGUUUACUAUUGAAUCUUUGGCUUUGUUUCAGUUAGGUGUUUCAUGGGACAACUUUUGAACUCGGGUGUUAAGUCAUGUUCUUGUUUCUUUUGAUGGUUUUAGUUCUUGGAAAUAAAAUCGUUUCUUUAUUUAUUAGGGAUUUAUUAUAAGUAAUUUUAUGUCAGGCACAGUUAUCCCACAAGUUUUAUAACAUCUCGUUGAUUCUGGAAGUGAUUCAAAUCUAUGUGAUUAAAAAUCACAUUUGUUUGGACAGAUGAAGCCCUGCCAAAUGUGGUCAUCGUAGGCGCAAAAAAAUUAUAGAUUUGUGUCAAGAUCGACAUCUAGGGAAUAGUAUAUACCUUUUAGCGAUUAAGAAAAGUAUGUUUAAUGAGAUAAAGAUGUACUCUUAAAAGAAAAUAAAUUAAAUAUCAGGUUUUGAGGCUAGUAUAAAUAUGAAUCCAAAGAACUAUAAAUUGUUCAUUUGUAUAAUCUAUAUACAAACCAUAAACAGCGUAUUUGUCUCAGUUGUGUUUCUCUUUUUUAAAAAAAAUCUUCUUUUGAAAGUUAAUUCGCAUUUGUUCACCACAUAUCUAAUUUCCCCAAUAAAAUUAUCACAAUUGUAGGCGCGAUACAUUUGAAGUUAAAAUUUCUUAUAUAUUUACACUAUGUUAAGUAUAUUGCAUUAGAUCAAACGUCAAUUUUUUUGAAAGAUAAAUAAAAAUGCAGAAUCUCUAAAAUUGGUUGUUUUUUUACUGGUGCUAAGUUAAGUCAUUUUCUCUGUGAAAAAAUAGAUGGGAAAUUUAAGUGGGACUACUAAUUAUUAUGAUGAGAAUAUGCCAGCAUUGAAAAUUGGUUUGACUUAAAUUUCAUUAAAAUCAUUUAUCAUAAAGUUAGAGUCCAAACACAGCUACCAAAUCUAAAUUGUUCUUACCUUAAUGAAUAACCAACUCCUGCUUAGAUAACCAUACUCCUAACCGUUUCUAGUGGAUGCCAUAUUUUUUAUAUAAAAAAAAAGUAAUUCCACGAAAUUCAAAUCUCGCAGGUCUAAUAGUUUAGAAAACAACAACUGGUUGUUUAAACCUUUAUUGAUUCAUAAAUUAUUUAUCCAUUUAUUAAUUCGCUCUACUUGUUAAGAAAAUGUAAUACAACACUGAAACACGGCUCGAGCUUUUCAUUUUAACACUUUAUUUAGUUUUACUUUAUACUCCCACUUCGUGGAAUAUGAUAGUGCACCUUAAACCGCUCCAUAUAUUCUUUUGCUAUUUCUUUAGAAGCAAUUGUUUUUUCUCUCGUGUUGCGGAAAUGGCAAGCUAUCUACUGGCUUUUGAUCUUGUCAUAAUAAUCAUUGUCUGAAUAUUUCCCGAAAUAGAUAAAACCAUCAGUUCAAUGUUCAUUAUAUCUUAGUUUUACGGAUGUAGUUAUCAAAAUUUUAGCAAUAUAGAAUAUAGCGGUAGAUAAAUAGACAACAUGGCAACAUAUCAUUUCAAAACGAAGUAAAAUAGAGUUUCA